AGCUGCGGCAGCUGCUGCUGUGGCUCGGGCGGCGGCGGCGCGGCGGCGGCAGAGGGGGCUCCGGGGUCGGACCAUCGGCUCUCCCUGCGCUCUCCGCACCGCGGCUUAAAUGAUGUAUUUUGUGAUCGCAGCGAUGAAAGCUCAAAUUGAAAUUAUUCCUUGCAAGAUCUGUGGAGACAAAUCAUCAGGAAUCCAUUAUGGUGUCAUUACAUGUGAAGGCUGCAAGGGCUUUUUCAGGAGAAGUCAGCAAAGCAAUGCCACCUACUCCUGUCCUCGUCAGAAGAACUGUUUGAUUGAUCGAACCAGUAGAAACCGCUGCCAACACUGUCGAUUGCAGAAAUGCCUUGCCGUAGGGAUGUCUCGAGAUGCUGUAAAAUUUGGCCGAAUGUCCAAAAAGCAGAGAGACAGCUUGUACGCAGAAGUGCAGAAACACCGGAUGCAGCAGCAGCAGCGAGACCACCAACAGCAGCCCGGAGAGGCUGAGCCGCUGACUCCAACCUACAACAUCUCGGCCAACGGGCUGACAGAGCUUCACGAGGACCUCAGCAACUACAUUGACGGGCACACCCCUGAGGGGAGCAAGGCAGACUCUGCUGUCAGCAGCUUCUACCUGGACAUACAGCCUUCCCCAGACCAGUCAGGUCUUGAUAUCAACGGAAUCAAGCCAGAACCAAUAUGUGACUACACACCAGCAUCAGGCUUCUUUCCCUACUGUUCUUUCACCAAUGGAGAGACUUCCCCAACUGUGUCCAUGGCGGAACUAGAACACCUUGCACAGAAUAUAUCUAAAUCACAUCUGGAAACUUGCCAAUACUUGAGAGAAGAGCUCCAGCAGAUAACGUGGCAGACUUUUCUGCAGGAGGAGAUAGAGAGCUACCAAAACAAGCAGCGGGAGGUGAUGUGGCAAUUGUGUGCCAUCAAAAUCACGGAGGCUAUACAGUAUGUGGUGGAGUUUGCCAAACGCAUUGAUGGAUUUAUGGAACUGUGUCAAAAUGAUCAAAUUGUGCUUCUCAAAGCAGGUUCUCUAGAGGUGGUGUUUAUCAGAAUGUGCCGUGCCUUCGACUCUCAGAACAACACCGUGUACUUUGAUGGGAAAUAUGCUAGCCCCGAUGUCUUCAAAUCCUUGGGUUGUGAAGACUUUAUUAGCUUUGUAUUUGAAUUUGGAAAGAGUUUAUGUUCUAUGCACCUGACCGAAGAUGAAAUUGCAUUAUUUUCUGCAUUUGUACUAAUGUCAGCAGAUCGCUCAUGGCUGCAGGAGAAGGUAAAGAUUGAAAAACUGCAACAGAAAAUUCAGUUAGCUCUUCAACAUGUCCUGCAGAAGAAUCACCGAGAAGAUGGAAUCCUAACAAAGUUAAUAUGCAAGGUGUCUACGUUAAGAGCCUUAUGUGGACGACAUACAGAAAAGCUAAUGGCAUUUAAAGCAAUAUACCCAGACAUUGUGCGACUUCAUUUUCCUCCAUUAUACAAGGAGUUGUUCACUUCAGAAUUUGAGCCAGCAAUGCAAAUCGAUGGGUAAAUGUAUCACCUAAGCACUUCUAGAAUGUCUGAAGUACAAACAUGAAAAACAACAACAACAACAAAUUAACCAAGACACUUUAUAUGGCCCUGCACAGACCUGGAGCGCCAACACACUGCACAUCUUUUGGUGAUCGGGGUCAGGCAAAGGAGGGGAAACAAUGAAAACAAAUAAAAGUUGAACUUGUUUUUCUCAUGCAUAUGAUUUCCAUUAUGCCUACAGAUAUGGACCCUUUUUCUGUCUCAACUUCUCAAUCAUUGACCUCUGUUUACAACUGAAGGAGGGUACUAAAGUCGGAGGAUUUCCUUUUCUUGUAGCUCACUGCCCACAGACUUUCUGCAGAGUCACCAAUCUGUCGGUAACAACAGAGAGUCCAGCAAUAAUCGGUGACUGGUGUGCAUAGCGGAGUUGCGGCAUUAUUUUGCACAACUUGCUCUCUGUUUCAUGAAGGAAGUUUUUAUUUUUCCACCGAUUAUUGCCAGUCAGCAGGAUGGCAUGAAAAGGGUCCAUAGCACUAGCAACAAUAGCAUUAUAAUAUAUUACAGGGUAAAUGGGCAUGAAGACUAUAUAUAGCUAAAAGAGAUAUUGUUUAUAUAUUGUUUUAAUUAAUAUAAAAUGUAGUUACUGGUGUAGCUUUUCCUGUUGAAUUGAUAAGGCACUUUCAUUUUGCACCUUUUUCUUUAAAUUAAAUGCUAGCGUGUUCACUGUCGUGUCGCAUGUGCACCAGAAACACAAGUUUAACUGAGAAGGCUUGGAAGGUACGUCAGGAGGUAUUUAUGCUGCUGUUUACAAAUUACUUUUAAAAGACUGGCUGGUCAUAUCUAGAAAUCACGAUGUGGAUUAUUUUUUUUUUUUUUACACGUGAAUUCGGAAUUAGAACUCUACCUAAAUUAUACUUUGCUUCGUGGUAAGUUUAAGGAUAGAUGUGUUUAUGCUUCAUACAAAGUUGAAUGAUCGAUUGGUGCUAUGGACUUACACCAUCACGUACAUUAUUUUUAAAAAAGCUUUUUUAAAUGCCACCUCAUGGAGGCAGGGGAGAGAGGGGAGGCUCAUUUUACACAAUUCUAUAGUUAUAUGGAGUCCAUCUCAACUUGGAACUCUUAAUGCUUUGAGAACAAAUCAGUAACCCAAAUAUUUAUUGGAAUUCAGCUUUUAUUAUAAGAAGGACCCAAAGAUUACAUCUGGAGCAAAUACACACUCCCCAUGUGAGGACAUGAAGCAUUUACUUUGUGAAUGAUUAUGUUCUUGGUAUAAUCUAGGAACCCUAAGAGGAUAUCUCAGAGUAAACUAGUUCUAGACUAGCUGCCUCUAGAUGCUAUAAUUCUAGAAUAUUGCUCUCCAUAGCUCACAGACCCUGGAUAGAGGGGCGAGAGAGGCAUGCAGUGCAGAACCAGUUUCUCUUACUUAAAUAUGAAAUAUUUUAAGCAUUCAAAGUGAAGUUGAUGUUAAGCUGCAAACAUUUACUCUUGUAUUUAUCUUCACUAGAAAACUGUGGACUGUAAUUUAUUUUAUUAAAUAUUUAGAAGAUUGUUUGGCUUUUGUGUUCAGGUGAGAAAUAUUGAAUGUUCUUGUUUAAUUUCAUGUUUUGGGGUUUUUUUUAUUUUAAUAAUUCCCAGGGGGGAAGGGAAAAUGAACAGUCUGAUAUACAGGUGUGCAUAUUUGAAAAAAUAAGUGCCCUUUAGAAAUGUAGGCAUUUAGAAGAUGAUUUUAGUCACCCUGGGGGUAGGAUUCAAACUUGUGGUCUGACAUCAAAGACCACGUUUGUACAGAAAAGGAAAUAUCUUCCCAUAGCAUAAAGGUGGGAGUGUCCAGGCAGCCCUUUAUAGCAGAGAAAGUGUCUCUACCACCAGGGUCCCUCCUGAAUCCUGAUGUCACGUGGAUAACAGCAUGGGCUUCCCAGAGCCCGAUACUCUGGCUUUAACUCCACUGAUUUUCUGACUUGUUUCCUGAGGGAUUUGGAGAAGAGGAAGGGAUUAUUCACACAAAAGUGUGUAUGAAGCCUAAAUAACAUCUUAAAUUUUUUUUUCAAAAAUAUAGUAAGGGUUUAACCAUAAAUAGAAGACGCAAGUAAUAUUUACUUAAAUUUCUUACAAGUAUAUAAAACUUUAUGUGAGUGUUUAUACAGAGAGGUUAACUAUCAGCAUAUAGUAUUUAUAUUUGGGCAAGAAGGGUUAAAUCAAAAUUUUAAUUUAAAUAAGCAUAGUUCCUGUAAGGAUCAAUAGUAUUUAUACUCUGAAAAGAGUACCACGUUUAGUUCAGUUAUUUAUUUGUCCAUCUUUUUUCCUAUUAUUUCUCUUGUGGGGGAAAAUGGUAUGGUAUUGUUUUUUGGGGUGGUUUUUUUUUUUGGUUUGUUUUUUGGUUUUUUGUCAUUCUGAUUCACUAAAUUUGGGGGUGGUUUGAUUAAAGUAUAUUAACUUCUUUUUAACCAAAGCUUUCUGAAUAUGACCAGCCUCAGGUGCUAGCGCAUUAAAGAGCAACUAAACCUAAUUCCAGUGUCCACUUGUGAAAUGAAAAGAGCUAAUUGAACUUCUCUAAGGGUGAGAGAGAGCAUAAUGUUGAGCUUAAAAGAAAUUCCUUUUCCCAGAAGGGAUUUUGCAUGUACCAAAUGCAAAAAAAAAAA